AUGCCAUCCGUAGGAACUCUUGCUUUCGAUGAAUUCGGUCGUCCAGUACUUAUUCUCAAAGGCCAAGACUCAAAAAAACGUCUUUUUGGAAUUGAAGCGCAUAAGUCUCAUAUCUUGGCUGGUAAAGCAGUAGCUGAUACGCUUAAAACGUCAUUAGGUCCACGAGGUAUGGACAAAUGCAUGGUUUCACCCGAUGGCGACAUUACGAUCACGAAUGAUGGUGCAACUAUUCUUAGUAUGAUGCAUGUUGAGAAUGAAAUUGGAAAAUUGUUGGUUCAGUUAUCAAAAUCUCAGGAUGAUGAAAUAGGCGAUGGAACCACAGGUGUUGUUGUUUUGGCCGGUGCAUUACUUGAACAAGCCGAAGCUCUUCUUGAUAAAGGUAUUCAUCCAAUUCGUAUCGCUGACGGUUAUGAAUUAGCGGCUAAAAUUGCACUUGACCACCUGGAAAAGAUUUCCGAAACUUAUCCACUGGAUUUAAAGAAACUUGAUCCAUUGAUUAACACUGCAAUGACAACACUCGGUUCAAAAAUUGUUAAUCGAUGCCAACGUCAAAUGGCUGAAAUAGCGGUUAAUGCAAUUUUGAACGUAGCCGAUAUGGAACGACGUGAUGUGAAUUUUGAAUUAAUCAAAGUCCAAGGUAAAGUCGGUGGUCGAUUAGAAGAUACACUUUUAGUCAAAGGUGUUGUCGUUGACAAAACAUUUUCACAUCCACAAAUGCCAAAACAAGUUCAAAAUGCUAAGAUCGCUAUCUUAACUUGCCCAUUUGAACCACCCAAGCCAAAAACAAAACAUAAAUUGGAUAUUACCACCGUCGAAGACUACAACAAGUUACGUGAAUAUGAAAAAGAAAAAUUCACUGAAAUGAUCAAAUCUAUCAAAGAUUCAGGUGCGAAUUUGGUUAUCUGCCAAUGGGGUUUUGAUGAUGAAGCAAAUCAUUUGCUGUUGUCUCAUGAAUUGCCUGCCGUGCGUUGGGUUGGCGGACCAGAAAUUGAAUUGAUUGCCAUUGCUACGGGUGGUCGCAUUGUUCCACGAUUUCAAGAGCUUACUGCUGAGAAAUUAGGUUUUGCAGGCCGUAUCCGAGAAUUAGAUUUCGGAACAACAGGCGAUCAUAUGCUAUGUAUCGAAGAAUGCAAGAAAUCGAACACUUGUACGAUCUUUGUUCGUGGUGGAAACAAAAUGGUUGUCGAAGAAGCUAAACGUGCUUUACAUGAUGCGUUAUGCGUUGUUAGAAAUCUUGUUCGCGACAAUCGAAUUGUUUACGGAGGUGGUGCUUGUGAAAUUGCAUGUGCUAUUGAAGUCGCCAAAGAAGCCAAUAAGAUCCCAACAAUUGAACAAUAUGCAAUUCGUGCAUUUGCUGAUGCACUCGAGUCAGUUCCAUUAGCAUUGGCUGAAAACAGCGGUUUUUCACCAAUAAAAACAGUUUCUGACAUUAAAUCACAACAAAUUGCACAAAAAAAUCCACGCUUAGGUGUCGAUUGUCUUAACAAGGGAAUCAAUGAUAUGAAAUCGCAAUCAGUUAUUGAAACACUUAUAGGCAAACGUCAACAGAUUAGUUUGGCAACACAACUUGUCCGAAUGAUUCUUAAAAUUGAUGAUAUUCGUUUACCCGGCGAAUCCGAAGAUUAA